AUGUUAUUUAUUUUAAUUUUACUUAUAUACACACAGAACAUAUAGGCUUCAUUCCUUGAAAUUUAGGGAUUACUAUUGUAAUUAUCAUAAGUAUGAAAUAUUAAUUAUACCAGAAAUUAGUAUAAUUUGAUUAAUAAAAUGAUCAAGACAUCUUUAAUUAACUAGAUCAAAAAAUCUCAUUUGAAGAUAUUAAUAUCAAAUUUCCUCAUUAAUGUUUUAAUGAUUAUAAUUAUUUACACAAUUUAUUAGAAAUAGAUGAUCCAUAACUUCAAUUUUUAGUUUUAGCAUCUGGAUGCAUUAUUGAGCAUUAAUAUUUUGAAAUAAGAGAUGGUUUUACUUAAAUUCAAUAACAAGAAAUAAAAUUUGGUUAUUAUAUAAGAUAAAGCGAAGAUGAAUUACUUAUAAUGGCAUUUCGCCCUUUUUAUCAUAAAUCAUUUUUGGCUCAUUAAUGUAGAUUUGAUGGCUUUAGCAAUUAGUGUAUAAAAGGAAAUAAUGAUCAUAUAUUAUAACUUGGUAGUAGUUGUGAUACUUUUUAUGUUGAUAUUUUUUGUGUAGAACAAUAGUUUAACUUGUAUGAAAAUUUGUAAGUCUUUAUUAAAGAGUAUCACAUUAUUAUUAUUUUUAUUUCAUUUACAUAUUAUGAUCGAUUAAUUAGACUUAAAUAAGAUUAAAUAUAUAGAGUUUAAAUUAUACUCUCAUCAAUUGUGUUUCUACUUAUAUCCAAUUGGUAAUUUAUAGCUUUAGUUUCAAUUCUCAGAGUUUAGUAAUAAUAUAAUGUGAGAACUAAAUUUUAUUAAAUAGAACAAUUAAUACUAUAUCUCACAUUGUUUCAAAUAUAUACUAAUAAUUUCAUUUAAUUAGGCUCAUUUAAUGUUGAAAAAUCUAUUGCUGAAGCAAUUAUUUACAUUUAUAUAAUUCUAUUUUUGUUUUAAAUUCUAAGCAUUUUUGUAUUCAAAAGAAUAUCAUUAGUCAUAAUUCUAUAUUUAGUAUAAUACUAUUUUGAAUACAUAAAAGCGAUGAUUAAAUUGAAUACUUUAGUAGAUAAUAGUUUUAAAUUAGGAAUGGUAUUCUUGAACAUUUUGAUAGGAAAUUUACAAGAAUUAGAUAUAUUUACAUUUAUUCAAUUUAAGGAUUCCAUAUUACAUGUUCUAUUUGGAUAUAAACUUAAUUAUUUUAGUUAUAUCUAUACUGCUAUUUUAAUAUUAAUUUUAUUAAAUAAUGGACAUAAAUAAAUAUAAUUAUAAAAGAAAUCAUAAAAAUAUCACAAAAUUAGAUAUUUAUUUGAAUGUUUUGCUUAAAUUUAAUUAUCAUUCCUUUAUUUGCCAUUAGCUAUAAUAUUGACAUUGUUAAAUAAAUUUAAAAAUUAUCCAUAUACAAUAAUUUGUUUUGAAAACUUUUACCUAUUUUGGAUUUAUUUUUUUUAUUUUCCAGUAGAUUUUCCUUUUAUAUCAUUAAUCAUAGGAUUUAUCUCACUUUUACUAGAUUCAAAUGAACUAUUUUAUUAUGUUUAUGUAGAAAUAAAGAGUAUAGGCAAUGAAAUUAAAUUGGAAGAUCUAAAAAUGCCAAUAAUUAUUUCAGAUUUUAGAUAAUUACUUAAAUUGUGA